GUCCACAAGUUUUUAUGCCUACGCGUCUUUAUAUAUUUCCUCUCUGCAUAUUUUUUAUUUCUUCACGUUUGGAUAUUUUUUUUCCCUAUUUCCAUUCUUUUGGCACCCCUCAACAUUUUCUUCUUUCUCAGUCUUCUUUGAAUCUUUUGAGACUCAACGACUUUCAUAGCUCAAAGAGAUAUCAAAACCUGCUUCUCUGUCUGUUCUGUUAUCUUCAAAAUCUCUUCUUUUUCCUCUCUCUCUCUCUCUCUCUCUCUCUCUCUGUGUGUGUGUGUGUGUGUGUGUGUGUGUGUGUGUGUGUGUGUGAAAGUGAGUGAUAGAGAAAGAAAGAUUAUAGAAAAAUAGUCCAUCUGUGUAGCUCCAAAAAACUCUUCUACAGUUAAGAUUUUAAGAGUUGAGAAAUAGAAAAAAAAAAUUAUCAGAAACAGAGAAAGACGAGAAGGAAGGGAAUGAAAAUCCAAUGUGAUGUGUGUGAGAAGGCACCGGCUACUUUGAUAUGUUGUGCCGAUGAGGCAGCUCUGUGUGCCAAGUGUGACAUCGAAGUUCAUGAAGCAAACAAGCUUGCAAGCAAACAUCAGAGGCUUCUUCUUCAGUGCCUCUCCAACAAGCUCCCUAAAUGUGAUAUCUGCCAAGAGAAGGCAGCCUUCAUCUUCUGUGUGGAAGAUAGAGCCCUGUUAUGUCGAGACUGUGAUGAGCCUAUCCAUUCAGCUAAUAGUCUUUCAGUAAACCACCAGAGAUUAUUGGCCACUGGCAUUCAGGUGGCUUUAAACUCUAGUUCUGCCAAUGUAACUGAGAAGAGCUGUUUAGAGCCAUCCAACCAGAACUCACCGCCACUGUCCGUGAAGAUGCCAACACCACAGACCACAACUUAUGCUUCUUCAUCAUGGGCAGCUGUUGAUGACAUGUUACAGCUUUUGGAUUUUGAGUCCAGCGACAAGAAAGGAUCUGUUGAGUUUGGUGAGCUUGAAUGUUUUACAGACAUUGGUCUCUUUGGUGAGAAAGUACCUGAGGAGACCUUGGCAGCUGCUGAAGUUCCUCAACUCUCCAUUUCACAACCAAGCAAUGCCACCUUAUACAUACCCACCAAAUCCAACAUUCCCCACAAGAAGCCUAGGAUUGAGAUAUCAGAUGAAGAAGAGUACUUCACAGUUCCUGAUCUCGGCUGAUUUAAAAUAUGAAUACAGUAUCAUGUAGGUGUUUGUUUGUUAGUGUGAUGCAGUAAAUAUACAUGGAAAGAAGUGUUACAGGGAAUUACAAUGUUUAUUCUUUUACCAUUGCCAUGUUUUUAUAACCUUGGAGUCAUUCAUGUUUUGAAGCAAGGCUGAAACACACUUUUCCUCUGUGUGAAUCAUGAUUAACUCCAACAUGACAAAUUUUAGCUUUUAGCUUCUCUUAUAUGUUUUAUCUGUUGUAUGUAAUCAUGGGCAAGCAUAGCUAUGAAAUGAGCCAAUAAAUCAUUUUAGUAUG